AUGCCGGCGGAGGGCGUCCGGCGCCCCGUCGGCGGGACCUUCCCUCGCGUCAAAGGUCCCAUCUCUCGCCGGCAAAGUCCGCCAGGUGACGGGAGAUCGAAGCAGAGCGCUGUGGAACGGCUGGAAGCGGACAAAGCCAAGUAUGUCAAAAGCCAGGCAGCGCUGUCCAAGCGGAGGCCGCUCUCGCCUCUGGAUGUACGCAAGUGUCCGCUCAACGUCCCCCUCGCUGCCGCGUUAAAGAGGACCCCCGUCCGGAGCGAGCGGGAAGCUGUCCAGUUGGACCUGCGGCAUCUCAGCAGUCUGAUCAGUGACGUUGGCGACGGCGCCGAGUCUGCUCCAAGGAAGACGGACACGUCGGAUACGCCGCCUUCCCGUCCCGCCAAGGUGGGCGCCAAGUCAGAGCGGCCAGAUGGUCCGGGAUCCCCGACGUCGGGAACGGUGCGGCGAGUGGAUGUGAUCCCUCAAGCCGGCGCCAGAAUCCCUCACCGACCGCCGCCAUUCAUUUGCCGUCCCUUUGGUGCACCUCCGUUGUUGCGGCCCCUCCGCCCAGCUAUCUCUCAGCUCCUCCUCCUCUACGCCAAAGGCCCGCCCUCCCCUCUAAAAGCUGCGCCAUCCGCUCCGGAGCGCCCUCCAUUUUUGGCCCCUCCCUCCCCGGACGCGGCCCGCCUCUCCGGCUCGCCCCGGCGGUCUCUGAGCCGCUCCAAAUCGGACACGAGUGAGCGAUUUUCUCGCGCCGGGACGGAACUGGAACGGUUCUUCGACCUGUGCGGCUUGGACGCCGCCGACGUGCAGGAGUUGGCCGGAUCGGCUUCGGACGCGCUUUCGCUGGGCCGUUUCCGCAGCGUCAGCGCCCCCGGGACGGAGUGCGCCGCUUCCGGCGACGAGGAGGCCGAGGAGCGAGUUCCCGACGCCGUCUCGGUCAUCGAGAGGAACGCCAGGGUCAUCAAAUGGCUUUACGGCCUACACCAGCAAAAGUGA